AUGCUCGCCAUGAGAUUCCAUUCCGUGGGCACAGCAGGCUCGCGGUUUCUGCAGACUAACGCAAUCUAUGUAUUUCGGACCACAUUCGACCCAUCGCGGCUGGAACGAGCUUUCUACCAGCUCCUGUUCGCGUGGCCGGAUAUUCGAGCACGGAUCAACCUCCAGACGGACUGGCGCAUAUCCGACCGACGACACGGCGGCACGGUGGCAAUCGCGAGUGAUCGACGCGCCCUGGCCGAAUGCAUCUCUCUCGACCAGAUGGCCCAGGAAGAACUGGACCCAGUCGAACGAGCGCGGUUGGGGGGGGAUUGUUCCAAUCCAGCCGCUCACUUGGAUUCCAACUCUGUCCCCCGGUUUUCGAGCACGUGUGCUGCGAUUCGGCAGGUCUCUACACGAAUCAUCUCCGCCUACGCGUCCAUCCUACAUGGCGAGUCGAUCGAAGCCUUGGAAGAGCAACAGCCUAGCAGGCUUGUGUUCCAGGCCCCUACGCAAGAGAGCAACGGUCCUCAAAGCGACGACGGGCUAGUGAGCCAGCUCUACCAAGCAACACGUCGACAAUGGCUCAUAGGCUGGCUCGACCACAUCAUCUUCUUCGUGCCACGAUCCCUCCGACCGAUGCACAUCGCAGGCUCGGCCGGUGGUCCAUCUCCUUACCCAUGCAACCCAGCAAAACCUCAACGUGACAAGACACGACCUAGUCUCGGCUAUCAUAGCGCAGACGAAACCACGCAAACCAUCGGCUUCGCCUACAGCUUCAGCCGCCACCUCGAACGACCAGCCGCACUGCAGAACGCGAUGUGGGUCAUCUCGAUCCCGCUGCCCACGCAGACCGAACACCCUGUCUCGAUCGAGGCGCAGCUCCUCGCGUUGGCAGUCCGGGUCUGCCAAGCCGUUCACGCCGCCCGCAGUGCCGCGAACUCUUCCGCAGGCACUACGCAGCCAUGGGCCCGUGGCACCCGUUCCGCCCCACCGUCCGCAGCCCUAACUCCCCCAAUACCGUCGUCUUUUCGUCCUCGCAACUACAUUGGCAGAAUCUGGAUUUUGGUUGUGAAGGGUGUGAGCUCAAGCCCUUUUUAUAUGACCCUGGGCGUCGGUCUGGUUGAUGUUCUGCGGUCCAUCGGCUUGGGUUACCAUGACUGGAUUCUCACCACCAUGGACAGUGUCGACCAUGGGUAUUGCCUCUAG